AUGUUUAGAUCACGUAUACCUAUAAUUUCCAAAAGAUUUAUAACAACUUCAGAAUCAAAUGUUAAAGAAUUAGAAAAAUCAAUAAUAUUAGGUGGUGAUUUAACAAAACAGAUAAAGUCAGAUACAACAACACAUAAAGAUAAUUUUAGAUUAUUAGAUGAAAGUAUAAGAAAAACUGAAUUAUUAUCAAAACAACAUAGAGAAAAAAUAUCAAAAUUACCACCAAAUUUUGCAAAAAAUCAAAAUAUUUCAUUAUCAACAAAUCAAGAAUUAAAAUCUAUAUUAGGGGAAUUUCAAGCACCAAUUCGUUAUGCAUUUGCUUAUGGAUCAGGAGUUUUUUCCCAGGGGUAUAUGAAUAAAGAUACUCAAACAGAUUUAAUAUUUGGUGUUACAUAUCCAGAUCAUUGGCAUUCAAUAAAUAUGAAAUUAAAUCCAAAUCAUUAUUCAUCAUUAAAAUAUUUUGGUUCUUCAACUGUGGCAAAAUUUCAAGAAAUUGGUGCAGGAGUUUAUUUCAACCCGUAUGUGGAAAUUAAUGGGAAAUUAAUUAAAUAUGGUGUUGUUUCUAUUGAUACUUUGGUUAAAGAUUUAGCUCAUUGGGAAACUUUUUAUCUUGCAGGAAGAUUACAAAAACCUGUAAAUAUCUUGAAAGAUGAUCCAAUUAUAAAAUUUUGGAAUCAACAAAAUUUAAGAUCUGCUGCAACAUUAGCUUAUGGAAAUAUGUCACAUGAAACCGAGUUUAAUGAAUUUGAAUUUUUUAAAAAUAUAACUAAAUUAAGUUAUCAAGGUGAUAUUAGAUAUAAAUUAGGUGCAGAAAACCCUAAAAAAAUUGAUAAAAUUGUGGAAAAUAAUUAUCAAUAUUUUCAAGAAUAUUAUAAACCUAUAUUAAAUGAAGUUAUAAAUCAAAAACAUUUUGUAUUGCCACCUGGGUUUACAUUGGAUAAUGCAAAUUCAAAAUUACAAGAUAUUAUUUUCAGGAAUUCAACAAAACAAACAUUAAAGGGAAUUUUCACUGCUGGUUUGAAUAAAUCUAUAAAAUAUGCUUGGGCUAAAAAAAUGAAGUCAAGAGGUUAA